AGAGCGACGACGUGUCGCUCCUAACGCGAAGCUGCUCUAAAUUUACACGCCACUAAUUCCUACACCGCACUCCUAACCAUUGACCCACUGACAGUGAAUUGUGCUCUUACAGCCAGUGUUACUUCGCCCGAACGCCAGCCGCCCAAAAGUGUCACCCACGACGACUUCCUCAGCAAACCAAACCAUGUCCGUGUUAUGAUAUAGAAAUAAAUAUAGUGCUAAGUUUCAGUGUCAAGUGUAACAUAGUUAUCCGUUAAUUUAUUACACAUUAGAAUAAAGCUUGGAAAAUUACCGAAUAACAAAAUUGUGUGCGGGAAUCGUGAUCGUAAAUAAAAAAAUGUGCUGCUAAUAAAAACACAUAACUUCCGCAGUAAAUUUAUUUGUGUGUGUCCGGGCUCGCGGUUGAAAUGUCGUCGAGGACGGGACAGCGCGGCACGUCGGUCGCGACCAGCCAAAGGAAACACAGGUCUAGAUCCACGCCGAGGUACGACCUGGAGAAGAAGCCGAAGAAAAAAGACCUCAAGACAACAGGAACGACCAGUUUGGUAUCGAUUCCUAACAGCAUAAAACUUACGAUGCUCAACAGCGGCCUGAUUUCUUUUGCUGAUGAAAACGGAUCCAUAUCGGAGACUAUACCAGAUCGGCCCGUCGAACUGAAGAACUUCCCCAAACUCUGCGAGCAACGGAGAAAAUUUCCUGUGCUGUACAAGCUAGAAUUUCAGACUGCAAUCAAGGUGGAAACACACGCCUGUCGCCACGCACAGAAGAAAACUAACGCCCACAAAAACCAGAACCAAAAAGUUACUCCGUAUGACUACAACAGGGUGGUGCUCCAGACGGUCGACCGGGAACCGGACUCUGAUUAUAUUAAUGCUUCCUAUGUAGAUAGUAUAUUAAAGCCAAACGCGUAUAUAGUGACGCAGGGGCCAACAGAGGAGACGGUGGUGUCCUUCUGGCGCAUGAUAUGGCAGGAACGCGCUGCUGCCAUCGUCAUGCUCACCAAAACAUUUGAUUUCAUAAAGGUGAUGUGCGUCCAAUACUGGCCUCCGAACAAGGAAAAGGACGAGACCUAUGGUGACAUCAGCGUCGGUAUCGUUCAGGAAGAGGAGCUUGCGAACUUCCACAUCCGCACUUUCCGACUCUACAAGACUGAAAAAGAUGUGGUUGUCGAAGAAAGAUUCAUCCUCCAGUUUCAUUACACCCAAUGGCACUCUCACACGUGUCCAUUCAGCAACGCAUUACUAGAGUUCAGGAGACGAGUUCGAGCAGUCGUCGGAAGAAGGCUCGCCACCAACUCUGUGACAGGCCCUAUGCUUGUACAUUGCAAUGACGGUGGCGGGCGUUCGGGCGUGUAUUUAGCGGUUGAUGCGAAUUUAGAAUUAGCCGAAGAAGAAGACUGCUUUGAUGUCUUCGGAUAUUUAAAGAAAUUGAGACAAUCCAGAAAAGGCCUUAUAGAAAACGAGGAGCAAUACAAAUUCGUCUAUGAUACGUUAGAGGAGCACGUUGUUUGCGGAGUUUCCUGGUUUCCAGUAUCAGAACUGUCACAAAGACUGAAACAAAAAUCCCAGAGGGAUCCAGUGACCAAAUUGAAUGAGUAUCAGAAGGAGUACCAGCAAAUUUGUAAACAGACACCAAGAUUCACUAUAGGAGACUGUGCUGGUGGGCACAGGGGAGAUAAUAGAGAAAAGAAUAGAGAUGUUCUUGUAGUUCCACCGGAUAAUUUUCGCCCAUAUUUGACAUCCUUCCAAGGCAAUAGUUUUACAGACUACAUCAAUGCUGUGUUCGUGGAUGGUUACACAAAACCUCGAGAGUACAUAGUGACGGAAUGGCCUUUAGUACUAACGCAGGGAGAGUUUUGGUCUCUAGUCUAUGACUACGAAUGCGCUGCAGUCGUGGUCUUGUGUGUGCCACAGAAAAAUUCUCAACAAUAUCCCCCCUUCUGGCCGGAAGGGAGACACUCUAAGAAAUACGGACCAGUGUUCACAAUAGACCACGUCUCCCAUAACCAUUAUACAAACAUAAAGACUUGGAUAUUUAGGAUUAACAAGAAAAUUGUAUCGCUGACGGAAUUGAUGGCAGGAGUCAAAGCGCCUCCGAAGACGGUCCAGCUGUUCCAACUGACGUGCUGGCCGAUGGGACACAAAGUCCCGUCAUCCACCAACUCCCUCGUCGAGCUGAUGAAUAUGGUCGAGCGUUGGCGACAGCGCACCGACUACGGGCCCGUCUGUGUUGUUUCACCUGAUGGGCGCAGUCGUGCGGGCGUAUAUUGCGCCGCCAACGCUUGCAUCGAGCAAGUGAUAAAACAUGGAGAGGUCGACGUGUUCCAGGCUGUGAAAACUGUGCGACGACAUCGUCCGCAGCUCGUCGAAAACAUGACUGAAUAUAAGUAUUGCUACGAUUUGGUUCUACAUUACGACGAGCUCUGGUUCAUUGAAUUUGGGCGCGGUGCUGCUCUACCUACUACGCCGGAGGAGACCAGCCCUACAGCGGUGCCGAGAGACGCCAAGCGCCAGCAAACCAGACCGAUGCGGCCCCGCCGUGGCCUGUCGCUCGACCGGCUCAUGCCCAACAUCGCGCGUCCUCCACUGCCGCACGCUGUCACUGUCGACGCUCCCCGCAGACCUCGAAGGGAUCGACCUCCUCUUCGUCGCUCUAUUCGUAUGGAAGAUGACGACGGUGCGGCCGAGGAACGUCGCCGUGUCUUUGGGCACGGACCUCGCGCGCCCUCUUUCGACGAAGGCGACGCCAGUGAUGAGCAUGAGGAGUGCGAGUGCCAACGUUCAUUCGAGCGUUCCGGUCCAUCCGCUGAUACGCCCGAAGAAGACGAUUACGAACCAGAGUUCGCCGCCUCUCCGCCAGCAGAUCCAAUAAUGAUAGAUAAAGUUGCAAAUGCACGCGGCGCGUCUGCGGAUCGCGUGCUCGACCGACGCGAUACUCCGCUGACACUUCGUGUACCCGCUCGCGCCCACUCGCAAGGCGUUUUCGAACGUCGUCUGCCUAGAAUUUAUAAGUUAGGAUUAAUGGAUAAGUCAAAACGAGCUAGCUCGAGUGCGCUUUAUGAACGCGUAGAACGUUCACCGACUGAAGCAUUUUACAACGCAACGGGCUCGACACGUUUGAGUUCGCAAGAAUUGUUUGAAAAAUUUUGCUCAGAAGAUUUUACAUCCUUGUACGGGCGGGAGGACGACCGGCGUCGAAGACCUCCACAUUCAAAAUCUACUGGGAGCAGCGGUUCGGAUGUCAGACAUGAGCGAAAUUGCUGCAAGCGGACACCAUGUGGUUCCCAGCCUGCGCUGACUCGCCGCCACAUCUGUCAAGCACCACGCUCCGAUCGUUCAACUGAUUCUGACGAAACGUCUCCGCGGCGAAGUAAUAUACGUCCUCUACCGCUAGAAUCUGAAGCACAACCCACAGACGAUUGUUCCAGAUCCGCGCCCUUACUAAGUCCCGACAGAUUUGGAGCUAGAUUUACUUUCGAUAUAUCUGAACGCAGCGAGGUCACGUCUAAUCGCGAUGAAACACCCUCCGAUGCAACCGAGACACGAAAUCUAACCUUAUAUGAGGAGCCACAUUCAGAUCGCACUAGCAUCUGUGAGCUGUACGACGCAGCAUUUUCAUCGCACCGGCCUUCGUUUCGACGUGAUGGGUCGCGACGUCGGGGUGGCCCUUUCGAUUUAAGCACUCUCGACUUUCGCGCGAUUGACGAUGAGAGCCCACGCGCCAGCAGACGGACGUCCCAACGGAGUGUCGAUGAUACUUUUCGACAGAAUUCGGAAUCCCGAAGUUGGGCUUCAGACUCGGUGUUUACAACACCGGAGCGUCGCCGGGCCGAAACUUCGCCAUCGUCAACCGACACUAGACGGUAUCUUACAGCACAGGGUGAUUCAUUACGAGCGGAUUCGGCCGCUGCUGACUCUACAUUUGCAGAGUCAACAGUCGCGGACGAGCCUCCGAGCGUAAUUGAGAGAUCUGAGUAUGCACUUGCAUUGAAAUUAGGUCGAAUAGAACUGGAUAGCACGUCCGAGCGGCGUGCGUCCACUCCGCUUGCAGACGGCGCUAGGCUGUCGAGUCGGCCGUCGAUGCACAAGUUGGAGCCGAUCGAGCCCGCGCGGCUGUGCGGCGGCGGUGACACGGAGCCGCAGUCGCCGUCAGACAGUACAGCGCCGCAGCGGCGCCGGCGCGGUGCCAGCGAGCCGCGGCGCGCUGCGCGCUGUUUCCCGCUCUGA